AGAUAGAUAAAAGAUGGAACUGCAAUUGGUGUGGCCGUUUAGGUGUAGGGUUCCACGUGUGGGAGCAGGAGGCGUAAGCAGAGGAAUACGAAUUGGGAGCGCCAGAGUGAGAAGAAAAACAGUGAAGGCAAUGCGAGCGGUGGUUCAGCGCGUGGCCUCUGCCUCCGUCGAGGUCGAAGGCCGCAUAGUCUCCGAGAUUGGCCCCGGCCUUCUAGUCCUCGUAGGAAUCCACGACACCGAUUCCGAGGCGGACGCCGAUUACAUAUGCCGAAAGGUCUUGAAUAUGAGGCUGUUCCCAAAUGAAAAUUCGGGUAAAGCGUGGGACCACAGCGUAAUGCAGAAAAAUUAUCAGGUUUUGUUGGUGAGUCAGUUUACGUUGUAUGGAUUCUUGAAGGGUAACAAGCCGGAUUUUCACGUUGCGAUGGCGCCUCAGAGAGCCAAACCAUUCUAUGCCUCUUUGGUUGACAGGUUUAGAAGCGCCUAUAAUUCUGACGCAAUCAAGGAUGGUGUAUUUGGAGCAAUGAUGAAGGUAAAUCUGGUCAACGAUGGACCAGUCACCAUGCAGCUUGAUUCACAAACAUCCAAGAAUACCGUUGAUGCAACAGAGUCUUAAUCAGUGACCGAUCUGGCUUUACGAAAUUGAGGUUGAAUUAAUGAUCAAAUUGUAAGGCAUUAUAGUUUUGUUCAUUGUAUUUGAAGUUUUGUCUCCCCCAAUGCAGUGAUCCCAUUUUGUAACAUUAUUUAGUUUAAAGAAUGCCUUAGAGUUCGAUUGUCCCUGUC